GGGAGAGGCCCCGUGCACACGAGUGGGCCGUUGUACGAGGCUAAUAUCACUUGGCCAGCACGAGCCUUCCUCAGUCUUUCACGUUCCGAGCGACCGGUCGCAUACUCAACCACAAAACAGUCGUGAAGUUUCGUUCACCGGCGCGGGUACACUCGCGUCUCCGUGCCUUCUCCGGGAAGCGAAUCGACUCAACUACGAUGCGUCUGCGAUCGUAGGCUCUCCCUUGGUGCCAACACGAGGAGGUGCAGGUCGCGAGGAGGAAGAGGAUAGAAGUGGACGAGCAGAGGCGAUAAGGGAUACAUAAUAUGAGGCUCCUCUGCGUGGCGAUUGCCAUCGUGAGUGCAGCGUUUCUCUUGGCAAUCGUGUCGGGCGGUGUACGUGGAGCUCAGGGUAGUAAAGUGUCAAAGCGGGCGAAGCCUCUCGAUCCCGAUGAGGACGACUAUUACUACGAUGAUCCCGUGGACGAGAGGAACAAUCCGACGAACGAGGCGCCGGCCGUGCCGCCUGGAUUCCUGAGUCCGUCCGUGCGAGAAUACCUCGAUCUCGGUAAAUCGAUACCCGGUCGACCAGGCACGGAUUAUCCAGUACUGGGAAAGGUACCUUACACGAAUUUCUACUGCGACGACCAGUCUUUCCCCGGUUUCUUCGCCGACGUAGAGACGAGAUGCCAAGCGUGGCAUUAUUGCGACAUAGACGGUCGACAAGCAACGUUUCUCUGUCCGAACGGCACGCAAUUCAGCCAGGCGGUCUUCGUCUGCGACUGGUGGUUCAACGUAAGGUGCGAGCUCAGUCCGAAGCUCUAUGCCAUCAACAGUCGACUUUACGGUACGCCCACCGAAAGCCCGACGAGACCUCAUCGACUGAUCACGAAGGAGCUUCUAGAGAAUAUAUUCGUGCGUAGGAAAUGAAGAAACCGGACGAAUGGCAAACGCGAUACUCGUCUCGAAAAGAAAGAAAGAGGGGAAAACACGAAAUCACUAUCAGAAGAAAAGUGUUUUCCUCCCAAUACAGGAAUUGUAAAAAUACUGCGAGAUUACCGGCGGCUCAAAAAAUAUUUUUGAGUCUCCGGAUACAUGCAGAAAAUUAUUUUCUCUCUUUAAUAAAUCUGUGACUCGAAUCUUCAUAUCUUUUUCCAACAUGCGGAAGCAAUCGCAGUCACUUAACUAUUCCAUCAUAUCGAUCAAUAGAAGCUAGCGUGGGAUGCUCGAGCCCCGUCACGAUUGCGGAACUUUCAAAGGAAAUGAGGAGACGAGAGCAUCUGACGAUCGCGAGAACACGACGCGAUUAUUCGUGACAAUCGUGAAUUCUGCGGAAGGUCGUCGCAAGAGCAUCGCGAGGUCACCGUUGAUGAUAGCACACUCGAGUCGUUGAAUCGCGCGACGAGCGUUCUGGGGAAAUUACCGGUGGAUAAAUCUUUGUCCAAUGAAUAGCGAAACGAUCUUCGUCGAAGGCAAAGAAUAUUCCUUCCAUUCCAGGAGGGAAUGAAGGAAUGGAUACGUUCAUGGUGAUGAGCACCGCUGCAUCAAUAAAAGAGAAACCAGAGGUGAAGCGACUUCCGUCUGUGAUGUGAUCAGCCUUCCCUUCUGACGGGAGGAAUUGCCUGACGCAGAAAAGCGUCCUGCACCUUCGAUGCAGUUCUUAAUCGUUGAUGAGAUCCUGCUCUAGACUGCGAGAAAGCCAAAGCGUCUUCCUCAGUCUCUUCUUUCGAUCGGUGCUUUAUGAACGUCUCUUGUCGAUAGGCAUCCUUCUUUUACCCGUCUCGUCAACGGAUAAGAAGCCUCGGAAGUUGAUCGUUAGACGGAAGUACCAUCACGGAGAAUUACCACGGGCAAUAUGUGCCACCGACAUACCUGCGGGAAAAUCAACCAAGUGCAUCAUGAUAGAUUAUCAAACUCGAACACGACUCCGGUGGACGCUUCGAUCGCACUAUAAUCUAUCUGAUAGACAUUGUGGUUGUCACUGGGUAGUGACGUUUUGUAAGCUGAAUUUGUCAAUAUGUAUUUGUCAAUCUAC